ACUCAUAGGUUAUAUGUGUAGAGCGAGAAGAAAGUGGAAGCUUGAGUCUCUUCCAUUAAAGGCUUAAGCUCCGUCCCCAGUCAGUAAAUACUGUACUCCACACUUAUAUUUCCAUUCAACGCGCAUUCUCACUCGGUUUAUUGACUUUUCUCGAUCAAUUCAUCACUCGAAUUGGAGCGAGAGGCGUUUGAUCCAGGGUUUGACAUGCGGAGGGGCCGCCAUGGCUGAAUCACCACCAUCAACCUCUGAAAAACCCCCAAUCCAGAAGGUAGGGUUAGGGUUUUUGCUCGAAGAUGCGCCUCUGUCCGAUCCGAUCAAUCCCGAGCCUGAAAUUCCUGAAAAUGCCCCUGGUGGAGGGAGUGAUCCGCCGAAGGCGGAGCGGGAGGAGGUGUUUGAUGAAACCGCCUCCCUCGAUGAAGAGAUGGAAUUUCUAAAUGCAAUUGAGAGAGAGCUGUCUGAGCUUACUAUCCAGCAAGCCCACAUCGAGGGGGUUAGCGUGAUAUUGGAGGGCAUCGAAGGGGAUGAUGCUGGAAAACAAAAGGAUGGCAACGAUUCGGAGAGCUUCGAAGGUGGAAAUGAUAUUGAUGAAGGUGAUGCGGAUAAGGAGGGUAAUGUAGCUGUUAAUUUUGGUGAUGGAGCGUCCAAGUUUGGGAGAUUUAAUCAGAACAAUAGCCGAAGGAGGAUUAACUAUCCUAUGAGGCCUGAUGCAGAGGAUUGCUCCUUUUAUAUGAAAUUUGGGUCGUGUAAAUUUGGGUUGAAUUGCAAGUUUAAUCAUCCUCCUAGGAGAAAGAACCAGAAUGUUAAGGAGAGAACAAAUCACAGGGAAGAGAACUCAGGGAGGGGAGGGCAGACUGAGUGCAAGUAUUAUCUGACAUCAGCGGGUUGCAAAUAUGGAAAGGACUGUAAAUACUCUCAUGGUUCAGACAGAAGCUCGACAAGCCAAACACCAGAGCUCAACUUCUUAGGGUUGCCAAUUCGAAUUGGAGAAAAGGAGUGUCCCUACUACAUGCGCACUGGGUCCUGCAAAUAUGGAUUGAAUUGCAGAUUUCAUCAUCCUGAACCAGUCACUGUUGGUGGUGAUUCCUCUUCUGGAUAUGGAAAUGGGGGUUCUUUUCCAUCACAAUUUGUUUCCUCAUCAUCUCCCACUUCAUGGUCUUCACCAAGAGCAUUUAAUGAGAAUUCUCCAUUCGUACCAGUUAUGUUUCCACCAUCCCCAGGUGCUCCUACUUCAAACCAGGAUUGGAACGGGUAUCAGGCUGCAACCUACUCCGCAUCUGAGGGCCUGCCAACACCCCCAGCCUUUGCCCUGAACAAUCUACCAGCUGAGAUAAACUUCCCCAUGCGUCGUCAGCCUGAUAUUCUAGUUGAAGAAUAUCCAGAGCGUCCUGGUGAACCAGAAUGCAGUUUCUUCAUAAAAACUGGCGACUGCAAAUUCCGAUCAAAUUGCAAAUUUCAUCACCCAAAAAGCCGUGUGAUCAAGGGAAAACCAAACACUUACACUCUCAGCGACAAAGGCUUGCCUCUUAGACCUGAUCAGCCCAUCUGCACGCACUAUCACCGCUACGGGAUUUGCAAGUAUGGACCAGCUUGUAAAUAUGAUCACCCAUCAAACUUUGCCAUCUUGCCGACUCCCUUUGAUCAACCGGCUGUAAUGCUGGAGCAAGGAAAUGAAAGCUUAGAAGCUUGAGCCUAACUUAGAGAACUAUCCACUCUUUUUGUCACGUCUUAAUUUAAUCCUUUCAUGUCACACUAGAUUUUAAACUUUGGACAUGCAACUUCUGCUUGACUGUGUUAUUACCUAGAUACAGUUUUGUAGUGACCACCAACACUUCAUAUUUGAUCUUGGUUCUGACUUUUACUAUGAACAGAAUAACUUUGCACCGUGUA